AUGGGCGUCAGCCUGCGCAACACCAGCAACAAGCCGGUGCCCAUCCAGACCGUCAAGUCGAAGGUCGCCAACCUUGCCGGCCCUAAGGUGCCCGUCGCGUCCGGCGCGAGCGCCGCGUUUACGUGGGACACGCAAGGCUACGGCGAGCAGUUCUGCUAUGUCGACGGCACGCGCAUCGCCAACGCAGCGGACGCGGUGCACUGCGAGAGCCCGCUCAACCUGCGGUUAGCAGACAGCGGGAACCACACGCUUGAGGUGGUCCUGCUGGACGUGUGCGGCCAGACCACCGCCAACGGCCUCGUUUACGGAUCCUGGGGUUGGCGCCCAAACAUGAAGUUGACGCUCCCCACGCCGCCGGCGCCGAAGCCCGGCGCCGCUCGCGCCGCGGGCAGCGCGACGCCGCUGCAGCUCGCGCGGCUGUGA